AUGGAUGAAAUAAGUGAACAUGUGCCAAUUGAAGACAAUUUAGUUGCGCAGCAACAAACUCUUUUGUGGAAUGAUGAUUAUUUUUUGAGUAUAGCACCCGGUGAAUAUAACAGGCCAAUCAGUAUUUUAAUGGAUGAACAUGCGGAAGAACUAUCUUUUCCGACAAUCUACGGCGGUCAGUUUCGAACAUACAGAGAUGGUGUUAUUGUUACUCCAUUCAUGCAAGCUACCAGCGAACUUCGGCGUACUGAUAGGCGUGCUACUGACCCACAACACCUUUUAUACAUCGCUGCUAAAAUCAUGAGAAAACAAAUCUCGCAUUUCUUCGCUGCAUACCAAAUUCUGCUUGGUUUUGGUCAGAUCGCAAAAAAAGAUGUUUUUGCAAUGAUUAGGCAAUUAGGGCUACCAACUGCUUUUAUGACUCUCAGCGCCAAUGAAACUGGCUGGGGAAAUAUGUUGAAAUUAUUGUACAAAUUGAAAAACGAGGGAACGGAACUUUCAGAUGAGUUUUUAGCAGAAAUGAGUUAUGUGCAUAAAGCUCAACUUGUGAAUGAAGAUGCCGUAACUUGUGCUAUCUAUUUUAAUAAAAUGGUAAAUUGUCUGUUAAAAAUUUUGCAAUCAAAGAAAAGAAGUCCAUUCGGAAAAUAUAGAGUAAUACAUUAUUUCAAAAGAAUAGAAUUUCAACAUCGUGGUAGCCCACAUGCUCAUAUUCUUCUUUGGUUGGACAAUGUUCCUGAAGAUUUAUUAAGUAAUGAUCCCGAAGUAAUUAAAUUAAUCGACGAAUUAGUUUCUGUGUCAGCGUCAGAGGCGUCUGGAAAUAUAAAACUAGUAACACACAAACACACAUUCACGUGUUAUAAAAAAAUGGAUCCUAAUAAAAAACAAGAAUGUCGAUUUGGUGCACCAUUUAUGCCUACAAAAAAAACUAUUAAUUUGAUACCUAUGAAAAACACUGAUCCCGAUUACUCAGAAGCACUUUUCAAAGAAUAUAAGGAACGAUUUAAAUUUAUAAAAAAUAAUCUCGAAAAUAUUGACUAUACGGAUUUUGAUGAAUUUUACUCGCAUAAUGGUAUUAUUUCUGAUGAUCAUUACUACAAUAUUAUUCGUGCUGGUAUCAGUAGACCAAAAUUAUUCUAUAAAAGGACACCAGCAGAAAAAUGGCACAACACUUUCAAUCCAUUCGUAUUACAUCAUUUGAAAUCCAACAUGGAUUUUCAGAUUAUACUAGAUGAAUAUGCUUGUGCAACAUAUGUUGUUGAAUAUGUCAAUAAGCAUAAUAGAGGGAUUAGUAAUUUGCAAAGACAAAUAAUUGACAUAAUGGACGAGCAUCCAGAAUUCGACAUUGUCGAUAUCACGAAAAAAAUGAGUAUUGACAUACUUCAGUCUGUUGAAAUGCCGGCACAAGAAGCUGCUUGGUAUUUAUUAAGAGAACCUAUGGCUAAGUCAUCGGUGGUGUCAGUCUACAUUCCAACGGUAUUUCCUACUGAACGCGCAAGAAUUAGAAAAUCUAUGAAGGAGCUUGAAGCUUUAGAUGAUGAUUGUACGAACAUUUGGAAAGAGAAUUGGCUUGAUAAAUAUGAGAAAAGACCUGAAGAACUCCGCGAUGUUACGUUAGCACAAUUUGUUGCAAAAUAUUACCUAAAUACAAAGGGGACUUACACUAAAAGAGAUACUGCAAGAAUAAUAAGAUACAGGAACUACGAUAUGGCUGACAAUUACAACGAUUAUAGGCGUGAGAUGGUUCUGUUGCAUGUUCCUUUUCAAAUUGAAGAAAAUGAUAUUAUUGCUGAAAAUAAAUUCAUUCAAAUAUAUGAGGACAACAAAGAUACGAUAUUAGAACGUAGGAAAGAAUUUGAAUCAAAUUUGGACAUAGAGAAAACUUUAGAAAUUUGUAGACAGUUGUGCCGAGAAAACGAUGAAGAACAAGAAGACGAAGAAUUAUUAAGAGCGGUUGAUAUAUUGCAUGUAAGACAUCCUUAUGACUUAUUGCUACGUGAUCCAAACUCAACUGCUAAUGUUGAUUUACAAAAUGCAUCUCUGCAUAAACUUGGCGCUGUAGCUAAAAAAAGAGAAAAUUUAAUGGAUUAUCAACAAUUCUAUAAUUUAAUGCGGAUGGCCAAUGAUCAACAAAGAGAUAAUCUUAUGACUAUAAUUCAUCAUUUACAAACUUCAAUUCAAGAACCAUUUCAAUUUUUUUUACGGGACCAGCAGGUACGGGAAAAUCAUUCGUUAUCAAACUGA